AAAUCCUCUCUCUCACUCCUUCAUCCUCACCAAUUCGACUCUCUCUCUCCCCUUCAUCUCUCAUCUUCCUCCAUUAACAUCCAUGGUAGAACCUUCCGAAGCUUCCAAAAAUUAUACAAAACACAUCAAUCCACUCCAAAACCUUGCCUAAACACCUUCAAUCUCCUUGGAUUCAAGAAGAUCAUUGAAGAUUGCUUCCAAGGCUAGAGAGAGAAAGUGUGAUUUUUGGUGAAAAGUUUGGACACGAGCAGAGCAAGGAAGUAAGUAACUCCGCUUUGACGGGAGAAUUUGAGUAAGGUCUUCAGGUGGGCAAUAUUUUUAGUAUAUGUUUAUCAUAUGAGCUUUCUAAAAUGAUUUGAUGAUGUUAUGAGAUUAACAAAUGUUUUGAGAUAAAUGAUGUUUGAGAACUGUUUGACUUGCCAAUUUUUGAUGUUGAGCUUGUAUGUUACCCUCUACUGAUGAGAUGAGACGAAUUCGGUCCUGCCACAAGCGGGAUUUUGUGCACAGAGGUGACUGUGAGCCGUCUUCGGGUCGGCCGGUCACGGUACUUGAGAGGGAGGCCUACUUCUCAGUACCUUAAUUAUAAUGAUGAGUUGUAGAUGCGGUACAUACAUGUCGAUUACUUUGUCUGCAGACACUUAUUUAUGAUGUUGAUUAUGAAAACAUGCACAGAUUCAUUUAUGCUAACUUAUUUCUGUGUAUUGCUGAGAUGUGGCAAGCUUCAAACUUAUAGCUCUAAGAGCACUUUUCUUAUUUUUCGGUGUUUGCCCACUGAGUAUUAUGUACUCACGCCCUGCAUGUAUUUCUAAAUGUGCAGGCUAAGCGGGGAGCGAGAUUGGUCUGGUGCUGGUGGGAAACCGUUUCAAUCGAUGUGAUCAUAUUUAAUAUUGCCCUUAUGAUUAAUAGAGUCUUGAUGAUUAAAAUACUUCGUUUCCUUUCGAAUCAAGUAAUAUACUCACGGUUAUGUGUCUUCAUACAUAUAAUCGGUUCGCCUUUUGCUGCGAUACUCUGCAUAUUAUGCUUCCUUACGAAAAAUGAGCGAUGCCCAUUUUGUUUUUGUUCGUGAAAUUUCUGAUAAAUAAAAAGUUAUAACGACGUUGACGAUUUGACCCUUGGGUUCCUUUAUGAUGAUUUCCUUAACACCUUUUGAUGCGAGCUUCCGCUUGAUGUUCUACCUAUUCUUCUUAUCUUUUAUUCUUUUAAAAAUAGUCGUAUCGAUACUCGUACCCCACUAUCACUAGUGUCGGGAAUCGGGCUGCGACAGGGUGGUAUCAGAGCAGGUCAUCUGCUAUGAGUCUAUUGCUUGAUUGAGUUGAACCUUUAAUUACUGAUAUCUUUUUAAAUUGAGUACUAGUCUAACUUGAAUUCUUAGGCUAGUUUGAGAGAGUUAGUUUGAAACGAAACCCCAACACCCCAACUCCUCCGGCUUAACGAGGUAAGAGGUUGAUGUUGUUUCUUAUUGCUUUCCUGUUGAGAGCUGAGUUUGAUUCACUAAUGAGUUAUGAAUUGUUUUGAUGGCGGAAUUGUUUGAGAUGAUGGAUUCUGAUAUGAGGCAGUUGAUGUGGAAUAUGAGGAGAGAUGUUGAGGCUAGUAUAGCCGAUGCCCCACCGUACCAAACGAGGACGAGAUGCCGAGUUAUAUUGAGACAGCGAUGCAGCGAUGGUUCAAGGAGUAUAUCCCGGACGAGGAUGACACCUUGGGUGAACUUCUGGCACACUAUCACCGAAGAUGGGGGAGGGCUAUUCCCUAUGGGAUCGAUGGCACAGAGGCCAUUACGCUUUUGAUUCCACUACUGCCACCUUCGUGGCGAGACUGGGCGACAUCUUUAGUGCCCCAGUACGUAGAUACUACCUGGUUGGAGGGCAUCAAGUACGGAGACCUUAGUGGCUUCAUCGCGACGCUGAGCCACCGUUACUUUGCUUAUGGCGAUCCGCCUUCACCGCAGUAUGGAGAGCUUGAGGGACCAGCCCAGGGAAGGGACCUAGUUGUUGUGCCUCCACCUCCCGAGGAGCCGUUUCCGAUGGCACCUCUACCCCCAGCUGAUCCGAUUCCAGUUUCUCUUGAGUCUGAUGUUUCUGAGCCGAUGGUCUUCGAGACGUACUCACCUGGGAUAGAGCAUGAUCCGUUUGCGUUUCUAUCACUUAUUCCUUCUCCCAGCGCUGAUUUACCGCCUUGGGAUUUGACACCGGCGACGACACCUUUGCCAUUGCCACCCGUUGAGUCGGCGCAGCCGAUUGUUUCUACUGAGUCUGAGACGCAGGAUGUUCCCUACGAUCCAUAUCCGAGGGUUGCCCCGUUGCCUGAGCCAGGCACUUUGGCUUUUCAGACGUAUAUGCACUCGAUCCUAUAUUCACCAUCCCGAGACGCCCAGGAGGGAGGAUCUCGGCCGGCACGCUCCGAUAGUGAUGAGGAGGACCUCGAUGAGGAAACUCCAGAGAUGACGGUCGGCCACGGACGGACCCAGCCAUUACAGCGUCAUAUUACUGCCGACGGAAUCGAGACAUGGGUACCUAUUCCCGAGGUGCCGGUUUAUGGUCCGAUGAUGGACACCGACGUCGAGGAUGAGCCGAGCGACGAUAGCGUCUACCGACUGAUCGACGAGUACGAGAGUCAGGAGUCGGAGCCGAGCAAGGAGACGGAGCCGAGUGAGGAUAUGGAGGUUGACGAUGUGACGAGCAGGAUUUUAGGAGACGACGACUAG